ACAAAAUUCAAUAAAAUAAUCACAACUCAGUUCUGGAGGUCUAUAGGCAAGAACCCUUUUAGGACUUUUCUAGUGUUAUCGAGACCUUCUUGUACACCCAAUAUGAACUUAAACGACAAGGGUCAGCUGCUCGAGUAUAAUCGGGAAGCUAACGAGAGAACUAUUUCACAUGAUAAAUCGUUUUUGAGUUCGCAUUCUAUGCAUAAUAUUGAAUCAAGUAAGAUAUGGAAUCCUUCAAAAAAGGUAAAUGGUCUUAGACUUUUCUUUCAAAGUUAUAACUAUUUUAUUAGAAUUUCAGGCUAUGACACCGAUAUUAAAUUUGCAAAAAAUAUUUAUGUCCUACGAACGAUAGAAGAUUGUCAGAUUUUUGAAAAUUCAAUAUCUUGUGAAGAAAAAUUUCGUUUGAGCUGAAAUUUUCAGAAGAUUUUUCUUUUAACUAGAUCUAUCAGUAGGUGAAAUAUCAUUAUUCGAUUUGUUCGUGCAUAUCGUGCUCUAGCCUAGAAUUUCUGUAAAAUGGUUAUUUACUCCGGAAGAAAGACCUAAGAGCACUUAUUAUUUUUCAAACGUUUGAUGUCUUACGAGAAUCUGAGCUUAAAAACAAUUUAUUACUUGAAAGCAUUAUCUCAUAAGAUCAAUUGAAGUUCCUUCUAGAUGCAAACUUAAUUGGACUCAAGUUCACAGAAACUGAUCAUCACAAUAAUUUUUUAUUUUCAAUUUUUUUAUCAAUAAUAUAAACGUUUUAUUUCUAGCAUAUGGGUAGUUUUGAUAGAUGUCUUGUUGAUGCACCAUGUAGUGGUACAGGUGUUAUAGCAAAAGAUCCAGAAGAUGAAAAAGAUAUUCAACGAUGUUUUACUGCACAACAAAAUGAAACAGUCGUACAAUAUGCAUUAAAUAAUCAACCAGUAAAACUUGUUGAAACAGGUUUAGAAUUUGGUAUAGAAGGUUUUACAAAUUUUAAAGGCACAUCAUUUCAUCCAUUUAUGAAAUAUUGUCGUCGAUAUUAUCCGCAUUUAUAUAAUUUGGAUGGUUUUUUUGUUUCUAAAUUAAAAUAA